AUGAAGCAAAAGAGGAUCCCUAGUGGCUUGGCAGUCAUCACUGGCGUUCGCCAAAAGAGUGCCUGCCAAGCUCCUUCAUAUAAUGCGACGCUCGUCGAUUCCCCAGGAGAAACUGUUGGCAUUUUCUGCAAGCCCAGCUUCUCUUCUCGAAGCUUGACUUGCUUCUUCAACGGUUUUUCGUUCCUACAAUCCAAUAUCUUCCCAUCCUUCUUUCACCACCCUCAUCUCUUCCACUACUUCGGUGAUUACCCCUUCAUCCCCCGUUCGGCAACUCAAGAUCCCUCCAAGCAACCACCGAGCACAACCCAAGAUUCCGAGGCCGCUGAACCUCGACAUCAUGGACAAGUGAAUGAACAACCCGCGGACCUGGCAGGUCCAGGAUCCAACCCACCAAAUCAACAAGAGACGUCCAAGCGAGGACUUGGCGUCCGCUUCAAAGAUGGCAUCGUCCGUUUCGGCAGACAUACUAAGACGGCCUUGUUCCACAGCUGGGUCAAUGUCCUGCUCAUCUUUGUGCCCAUUGGUAUCGCCGUUGAAGCGGCAGGGCUCGACCCAGCGAUCAUCUUCGCAAUGAACGCGGUUGCCAUCAUUCCUCUGGCCGGAAUACUGAGUCACGCGACCGAAUGUGUUGCCAUGCGCCUGGGAGAUACCGUCGGAGCACUCAUUAAUGUCACGUUUGGUAAUGCCGUGGAACUGAUUAUCUUUAUUGCUUUGGUCAAGAAUGAGAUUAGAAUCGUCCAGGCGUCCCUGCUAGGAUCGAUCCUAGCUAAUCUAUUAUUAAUUUUGGGAAUGGCAUUCCUCCUGGGCGGUCUUCGUUUCCAGGAACAGAUCUACAAUAGCACCGUCACUCAGAUGAGUGCAUGUCUCCUCAGUUUGAGUGUCACCAGUCUGCUCUUGCCCACCGCAUUUCAUGCAUCAUUCUCCAAUGGCGCAUCGGCCGACCGAAACACUCUCAAAGUUAGCCGCGGAACCAGUGUGGUGCUGCUCUUGGUGUACAUUCUUUACAUCAUCUUCCAGCUGAAAUCCCACUCCUACCUCUAUGCCAGCAUUCCGCAGCAGAUCAUCGACGAGGAGUCUCAUCCAGGAGUCCUGGCGGAGUUUAUGAAUAGCUCCUCUGAUUCCUCCAGCAGCUCGUCUAGUGAUUCAGACGACACCACGACGUCAUGGACGACUGCAAAACGCAUCAAGCGAGCGAUGAGACAUCGCAGACGCCGCAAGUCGAGCACCAGCUCCAACCAUACCUCCUCUGCCAUUUCUGGCAAGAAGUCUCCUGCCGACAGCCAGCCUGUAUUGACCGAGAAGCGAAGCUCUACUGAAGAGCAAAGUUCCGGCCACUCUGCCGAUGCGGUUACUUAUGCCAUUGACUUCGCGGAUGAUGGUCAUUAUGAAGCGGACGAUGACAACCGUCACCAGUCUCGCUCGGUGGAUUUUGGCCAAGGAUCCAUUGGGGAGCAUGAAGGAUCCAAGAAGGAUCGUAAAGCCAAGAAGCGGGCACACAAGAAGCAGAAAGCUCUCAAGAAGGAACAAGAGAAGAAUGGUGUCAAAACCAAUGGCUCGUCGGCUCAUCGACCUCCAUUGCCAUCUUACGUCUCUGCUCCUGUCAGUGAUCGCAUGGUUUCGUCCCCGUCGGCCGAUGAGUCGGCCGGACUUCCCAAGAAAAGCCUGUUCCGACCUACCAUGCCAUCCUUGCUGUCCAAUACUGUGUUUUCCGCUACCAACGCGAACAACGUCGCACCAACAUCUGGCAAUCCUCCUGGUCUCCGACGCACACGAUCUCUUCCCUCCCAGAUGAACCGUCCUCCUCCCGUUGGAAAUGCCGUUCAAUUCGCUCGCGGGGCCGCACGUAUCCCAACCACGAGCGACGUCGUCACCAACAAUGUGGCGCCCGAGCAUGAAAUGCCCGAGAUGUCGCGCACCGCUGCCGUGGUGAUGUUGUUAGUGUCCACUGCCCUCGUCGCUGUCUGCGCCGAGUUCCUGGUGGAUGCCAUUCCCGAGAUGAUCAAGAGUUCGUCGGUAAGCGAGGCUUUUAUCGGUUUGAUUAUUCUUCCUAUUGUCGGUAACGCGGCCGAGCACGUGACGGCCGUCAGUGUCGCAACCAAGAACAAGAUGGAUCUGUCGAUUGGUGUCUCCGUGGGCAGUAGCAUUCAAAUUGCAAUUUUCGUCACUCCUCUGGUGGUCAUUCUCGGGUGGUGCAUGGACAAGGACAUGUCUCUGUACUUCACAUUGUUCGAGACCAUCUGCUUAUUUGUGACGGCGUUUGUGGUCAACUUCCUUGUCCUGGAUGGCCGAAGUAACUACCUCGAGGGAGCGCUGCUUAUUGCCGCCUAUGUGAUCAUCGCCGUUGCGGCCUUCUUCUAUCCUCCCCCCGGCGAUCAGUCUAUCGACGUCGCUAGCGCUGGUUCUCAUUGA